CCCUGUGUAGCAACCACAGAAUCAUUUUCGCGAAAGAAGCUAUGUUACACUAGAGAAGGAAGGAGUGAGCACAUUGUAUAACCGGGGAAUCUGUUUACCGGCGCACGAAAACGCUUGAUGAUCAAACCUGCUUUCAUUGCUGAUACGUGUGUGGACGUGUAGAGUCGCUACAGACUGAUCUUGCGCUUUCAGUGCACAUAAGCUCUGACAGCGUGUGGACGUGUCAUGUAAUAGAGGUUUGUAGUUUUUUUUGUGCAAGGAUGCACUGAACUCCGUGUACACGCAUGCACCGGCGCCUUCUUAGCAUAUAGACUGUGUUGCAUAUGGUUUGGAUGCGUGUGGAUUCAGACAGAGGAUUUCUGCCACCAAGUGGUUUGAAGAUCAACAGAGGAUCGCUGUGAUAGAAACAUGAUAAAGGAUGACAGCAGCCUUCCCAGCUGAACUGAUUUGUUUUGGACAGUUACUGGUGAAGUGAGCGACUUAUUACAAACCAGUUUGGGGGUUUGGGCUGUGUUUUGCGCCGUGCGUUUGGGGGCGAAGAUGUCUGCAAACUUGCGUGGUUUGUCUAGUCUUGGGUGUGAUAUGGCUCGGUUUGACAGUGCGGGUUGUUCGGGGGGUUUCCUCUCUAUCUCUCAACUGGACUUGAGUUCAUGCAGCGCACGCUGAUCCCACCGAGCAUCCUCCCGCUUAUUCAGCAGUUCCCAUGACAGAGCAGCGGUGUCAGUAUCUCUGUCAGUAUUUGUCAGCAUGCGAUGUAUAGGCUGACCCUGACCACAGGGAGUGGCACUUUUUAAACUUUGGUCACAUUUGAUCGUCGUAGCCUUUGGGCAUGUAGCGUGACAGAACAUAAAUAUCUCGAACAGGGAGCAUGCUGUUAUUUACCACGGUGCCGACUUAUGUCUGAGACAAUUACCGGAUAUUACAGGCCUUUUGUUGAAUGAUGUGAAAUUUACCAGGCACUCCAACAAGAAUUACGGUUUAGUAGUAAACUAAGGUACUGGCUCGUUGAAAACAACGCGAGAGUGGGGCUUCUUCUCGCUCCGUAACCUGGAAACCACAGGAGCCACGAGACCCUCUGACAGGUGUGAACCCGGACACGCGCCCAUGGAUGAUUCAGGGAUCAUCCGGAGACGGAGGCUGCAGAAGGAUCUACCUCUGCCUCGGAAAAGUAGCAGUUGCAGAACCAGUAAUCGGAAAAGCCUCAUCCUGACCAGUACAUCCCCCACCCUGCCACGGCCACACUCUCCGCUGCCUGGACACUUAGGAAGCAGUCCGUUGGACAGCCCACGCAACUUCUCACCAAGUGGACCUGCCCACUUUUCCUUCGCCUCUUCUCGAAGGGCCGAUGGUCGUAGAUGGUCCUUGGCUUCUCUGCCUUCCUCAGGAUAUGGCACCAAUACACCAAGUUCAACGUCGUCCAGCUCGUCCCAGGAGCGCCUGCACCAGCUGCCCUUCCAGCCAACCAUGGAUGAGUUGCACUUUCUGUCCAAGCACUUUGGCAGCACAGAGAGCAUCACGGACGAUGACGGGGGUCGACGCUCGCCACACGUGCGCCCUCGCUCGAGGAGCCUCAGCCCUGGGCGCUCCCCAUCAUGUUAUGACAAUGAAAUAGUGAUGAUGAACCAUGUCUACAAGGAGCGUUUCCCCAAGGCCACUGCUCAGAUGGAGGAGAGGCUGGCAGAGUUCAUCCAGAACUACUCCCCAGAGAGUGUUCUGCCACUGGCUGAUGGGGUCCUCAGCUUCAUUCACCACCAGGUAGCUGAACUGUCCAGAGACUGCCUGACCAAAUCACGCGAGGGUCUCAUUACCAGUGUUUAUUUCUGUGAACUGCAGGAGAACCUGGAGAAGCUGCUGCAUAACGCCUAUGAGCGCUCAGAGAGCUCAGAGCUCACCUUUGUCACUGAGCUGGUCAAAAAACUCUUCAUCAUCAUAUCUCGUCCUGCCAGACUCCUGGAGUGUUUGGAGUUCAACCCAGAAGAGUUUUACCAUCUGCUGGAGGCAGCGGAGGAUCACGCUAAGGAGGGUCAGCUGAUGAAGGCGGACAUCCCUCGAUACAUCAUCAGCCAGCUGGGGCUGACCAGAGAUCCACUGGAGGAAAUCGUGAGCCUUGACAGCUAUGAUAGUGAGGGUCCGCAUACUCCGGAGACAGAUGACUCAGCAGAGGGAAAGGGGAAAGUCAUCAAGCCACCAAGUGAAGAAGACUUUCAGACCAUCAAGUUGAUUAGUAAUGGAGCAUACGGUGCUGUCUACCUGGUGCGGCACAGGGAGACACGACAGCGUUUUGCCAUGAAGAAGAUCAACAAACAGAAUCUUAUCCUGAGGAACCAGAUCCAGCAAGCGUUUGUGGAACGAGACAUCCUCACCUUUGCAGAGAACCCCUUUGUCGUCUCCAUGUUCUGCUCCUUUGAAACGCGGCGACAUCUAUGCAUGGUCAUGGAAUAUGUUGAGGGUGGUGACUGUGCCACUUUGUUGAAGAACAUCGGCGCUCUUCCUGUUGAGCUGGCGAGGAUGUACUUUGCUGAGACUGUUUUAGCCCUGGAGUACCUGCACAACUACGGUAUCGUCCACAGAGAUCUAAAACCUGACAAUCUCCUGAUCACCUCCAUGGGCCACAUCAAGCUCACAGAUUUUGGCUUGUCAAAGAUGGGUCUAAUGAGCCUCACCACCAACCUGUAUGAGGGACACAUUGAGAAAGAUGCCAGAGAAUUCCUGGACAAGCAGGUAUGUGGUACUCCAGAGUACAUCGCUCCAGAAGUGAUUCUCCGUCAAGGCUACGGGAAGCCGGUGGAUUGGUGGGCUAUGGGUAUCAUUCUGUAUGAGUUCCUGGUGGGCUGUGUGCCUUUCUUUGGAGACACUCCUGAGGAGCUGUUCGGACAGGUCAUUACAGAUGAUAUAGUUUGGCCAGAUGGUGAUGACGCCUUGCCUGCGGAUGCCCAGGCCCUCAUCUCUGCUCUGCUGCAGACCAACCCUCUUGUGAGGUUGGGUACAGGUGGAGCGUUUGAGGUGAAGCAGCACUCGUUCUUCACUGAGCUGGACUGGAACAGUAUACUGAGACAGAAGGCGGAAUUCAUCCCACACCUGGAGUCAGAGGAGGACACCAGCUACUUUGAUACCCGUUCAGAUCGUUAUCACCACAUCAAUACAUACGACGAGGAUGACACCAAUGACGAUGAGCCGGUGGAGAUCAGACAGUUUUCCUCCUGCUCUCCUCGCUUCAGCAAGGUGUACAGCAGCAUGGAGCAUCUCUCUCAGCUGGAGCAGAAAGCUACGACCUCUGUGUCCCGCCGGGAGCACAAGGGCCCACGGGAGGACAAGGUGACUAAGAGAGAGAGUCUGGGCAGCUUCAGCAUGAGGGACAAGAGCUGGAGGACCGGAUCACCUGAGAUGAAGCGCCUGUCUUGUUCAGAGUCUCUCUACAUGGAGGGGGAUGCAAGCCCUCCCCUGGGUGCUCGGCGACGCUUCUCAGCACUGAUGGAUACACAUCGUUUUGCCUCACCUCUAGAGGCUGAGCCAGACUUCCUGUCCCGCCAGGUGACCAUCAAGCUCCGUGGAACCUCACUGGAUGGGACUUGUGUUCCCUCACCGAGCCUACUGGAGCAGAGGGCCAGUCUGAAAGAGAUCAACGGAGCAGACAAGCCCCCUAAACCCGGAGAGACCCCAGGUGUUACCACGACUAUCACUACAUUAUCUCCUGGUCCUGCUGUAGCCACUCGUGAUGUGAUGACUCCUUUGUAUGACCCUCUGGGGCCUCGGGCCACCAAUGACCUGGUCCUUCGUAGGGCACGCCAUCAGCAUCUAUCUGGUGAUGGAGAGAAACGCAACUCCAGACCUGGCAACAAGGUCAUCAAGUCAGCCUCUGCCACUGCCCUGUCUGUCAUUAUACCAUCAGUGGAACAGCAUGGUGGCUUCUCUCCGUUGGCCAGCCCCAUGUCUCCUCACUCGUUCUCCUCCAACCCCUCGUCCCGCGACUCUUCUCCCAGCAGGGACUUCUGCCCUGUAGUCAGCGUGCUGCGUUCCCCCAUUACUAUCCAUCGCUCUGGAAAGAAGUACGGCUUCACCCUCAGGGCCAUCAGGGUCUACAUUGGAGACAGUGAUAUUUACAGCGUGCACCACAUUGUUUGGCAUGUGGAGGACGGCGGUCCUGCCCAGGAAGCUGGCCUGUGUGCCGGUGACCUCAUCACUCAUGUUAAUGGGGAGCCUGUCCAUGGUCUGGUCCACACUGAAGUAGUAGAGCUCAUCCUCAAGAGUGGUAACAAGGUGACAGUGACAACUACGCCUUUUGAAAACACCUCCAUUAAAGUGGGUCCUGCCCGCAAGGCCAGCUACAAGUGUAAGAUGGCCCGACGAAACAAAAGGACCAUGGGCAAGGACAGCCAGGACAGUAAGAAGCGUAGCUCCCUGUUCCGUAAGAUCACCAAGCAGUCUAAUCUGCUGCACACUAGCCGCAGCCUGUCCUCUUUGAAUCGCAGCCUGUCCUCGAGUGAGAGCCUUCCUGGGUCCCCAACUCACAGCCUGUCUGCCCGGUCCCCGACUCAGGGUUACCGCUCCACACCCGAGCCCUCAUACCUGGGUGCCUCCUCACAGAGCAGCUCUCCAGCCUCUAGCACUCCAAAUUCCCCAGCUCCCUCCCAGCACAUGAGACCCAGUUCCCUGCAUGGCCUGUCACCUAAACUCCACCGCCAAUACCGCUCUGCUCGUUGUAAGUCUGCUGGUAACAUCCCCUUAUCACCACUGGCCCACACACCCUCCCCUACCCAGUCUUCACCUCCGCCCUUGCCAGGCCACACCGUGGGGAGCUCCAAUACCACCCAGUCCUUCCCUGUCAAGCUUCACUCCUCUCCGCCGGUGGUACGGCCCAGGCCCAAGAGCGCCGAGCCCCCUCGGUCACCUCUUCUCAAACGGGUACAGUCAGCAGAGAAGUUGGGUUCGCCUCUGACCCAGUCCAGUUCCACGGGAGGGCUGGGAGGUCCACUGAGGAAGCACAGUCUGGAGGUGCAGCACUCUGAGUACCGUAAAGAUGCCUUCCUCUGUGAGCUCGGGCUCCAGAGCCUGCUCGAGACAGAAGGGGAAAAUCUGCCCCCUAAUCCUCCACCCCUGCUCUCAUCCUACACUACACCAGAGACUGGUAUGCUGAAACCUGUGAGGAGACUAGGGAGACAAGAGUCACCACUUAGCAGAGAAACACUGCUGGCUGGGAGGGAGAGGGAAGAGAGGGAGAGAGGAAGGGAGAGGGAGAAAGACAUGGACACAGGGACCGGGACAAGUCGAGUUGGAGCAACAGUCUCGCAGUCAUCUUUAACAAGAGAACCUCAAACAAGUGAGCUGCCCUUGAACUUGCAAAGCUCCAGAGUGAGUGCAGAAACUACUAAAGUUACAAAUUCUACCAAAGCAUCAGGAAGUAUAGGUAGUCAGAAGGUGGCUGAAAAGAUCCCCCAGGGUCAGGCAGACUUAACUCAAAAACAACUAGACCCCAAGGCAAGUUUACUGUCUAAUAGUAAAGAUCUCCAGGAGCAGGUAGGGGGCAGAAGUGAACCAAAGCAGGAAGGUGACCACAAGAGUAGGCCUGGUUUACCUGAUGCUCCCUUUACUAAGAGCUCUGCUGCUGCUCCAGAUAAAGUGACAUCAGGGCCUCUGAGCAUUAACAAAACUUUUAAACCAUCAGGUAUGGGUGACAGCCUGAGACAGGCUGGAGCUGAGAACAGUGAUUUAAGGACUCCAGACCUCGGCUCUAAAAGCCCCAAACUUCAAGCUCGGGUCCUCGCUCCCGUUGUUCCACCACAUGGGCAGCCACUUUCGCUGGCCAAGGUGAGGCAGGGGCUCGGGCCUGUCAACUGCUACCGCGGAACCCUAGACUGGGAGGACAAAUGUCGCCUGGAGGUGGUGGAGGAGCAUUCGCCUUCCCCUUCUCCCUCCCCUACUGCUGUCACCCCCUCCCUCUGCGGGCCUUCUCUCUGUAAAUCACGACCCAUGUCCCCUGGUGACAAGACGAGCUUCGUUAGCCAGCUGACCACUGUGGCCAAAAACGUCCUCGGGCCAAUCAAGCUCGGCUCCCAGGAAGGGGCCAAGAGCAAAGAUCAGCAGACUAAGGCAGCAGAGGAGAAGCAGGGAGGCACAGCAGGAAAGUCUGACCCUCCUGCUGGAGGUCGAGUGGUUGUUGGAGCUGCAGUAGUGACCCAGAGUCCUGCUGGGUCAUCGCUAGAGAAGGCUCCGACAGGUAGCAGCCCACCAAAAAUGUGACCCCAUGGGGUCCCUAAAUAGAACUUUAGCUUAGAAUACAAAAAAAAAAACCAACAAGAGAAAUGCCUUUUCUGGAAGAACAGUGCAACAAAAGUCAAGCACUUAAAAAAAAUGUACAUUCCAUUUUCAGAGUAUAUAAAUUAUUUAUUGAUUCCAGUCAUUGACUGAUUUGAACUUAAAACUAGGCGUUAAAGUGUACUGUAAAGGUGCAUUAACUGUUGAUUUUCUAUUAUAAAUUAUUUAACAACAUAAUGUGGAACACUAUCAGAUGUAUACGUAUGUGGGUCUACAGUAUGUGAACGCAUGUCAUAUGGUAUGUACUGUACAUGUACAAUAGAUACAAGUGGAUCAAAAAGUGCUUUACCGAUCAACUCAUGCUGAAUACUGUGAAAACCAAAUCCAGUCACUCUGUUUUCAACCAGCCCUUUCUUCUUUUACUGCUUAUCAAUCAAGACAAUGGAACAGUGGGAUAAACGAAGGCACACUUGAGUUGUUAUAUUUUCUUCAGACAACACAAAAGACACACAGCAUCGGUUUGGCUACAGUGGGUGAGCAACAAGCUCAUUUCUUUCUUUCUUUGUUGAUGUGCACAGUCAGACAAAGCCAGAGCAGGCACUCUGUCAGCAGACGUCACAUCGAGCUCUGUCCAGCUCUGUCUGUCGCAGGGGAUUAUGUGUGUUUGUGUGUUUGUGCAUCUGAAGUCACCUUGGGUCUGUUUCUGGUGGUUGAAGGCUGUGUCCUGCUGCACAGGAAAGCAAGGAGCAACACUUAUCUCUCCUUCGCAGGAGCCCCACCACAGCCCUUUUCUCCCUCUACUUCUGACUACAGCCAACACACACUCACGCUCACGUUGCCAGUGGUAGCAAUGUCAGCAGCUAAUUUUCAUGCAUUUAAAUCCCCUGUGCUUGAUAAACUGGGACAUGAGUGUGUUUGGGAGUGUCUGAGCAUGUACAUGUCUUUUCAAGGGAGAAUUACAUUCAGCACAGUUGACUCGGCAAAGGGUCACGACAGAAGACAACCUGGAACUGAACAGAGAGCUGCAAGGAUCUGACAACACUUACAGGUUUUGCUAAAUGCUUUGCUACUUCAUUAGCAAAUCACACAGGAAUACAAAUGAUUACUUAUGUGGGCACAUGUAAAAAACUGUCAUAAGCACAGUGACCCCAUGUGUGGCCACAACAAGAAAAGCAGUCAGUCAUAGCAUGUAGCAUAAUGCAUAGCAUAAUGUAUUUGUUAAAGGGCUCUAUCACUAGUGGAUAUGGGCAUGGUUUAUCACAGUGAAAAUGUAAAAACAAGGUUUUCUAUAAUGUAGUCAGAGUGACUGUGUUAUUGGAUACUCCACACUCGAUAGAAUGGAUUAAUGCAUUGCUCACGUGUUGUUAUAAAGCCUACUGGUACAGGCAUUUUGAAUCAGUAAUCUCAGCAGGAGUGCAGAGAAGGGUCAGAUGUUGGCAGGACACAAACAACUACUGUUCCUCUCCCACUGAUUGUAGUCAUCACAUCUGUAACACUACAGUGUACAUAAUCUUAUGCAACUCAGUUACAGCUGAAUGCAAGGAAUUCUGUCACUAAACUGUUUAGUUUGUUUACAGUAUGGACUUGGGUAACAUUCCAGAUUUGAUUCAUUGUUAAAAAUUACAUUCUGUCAGUGGUUUGAUGAUUUUUUUUCUUCUAAGCUCUACAAAUGUAAACAACAAAGCAGAGGUUCAAAGACUGAAAUGUCGUUUUUAUCUAAAAGAUACAUAAUGAUGACAGAUUAAAGGGAAAAUGUCACUAGGUGAGUGGAGAAACAUAAUGAAUGCAGACAGUGGCAUGGUUUGGGUCACUGCAAAAUCAAUACCAAGUUGUUCUGUGUAAUCAUCCACAGGGCACAAGGGGUCACUAAGUGGUUUGAUGAGGAUGAAAAUGAUGUAAAUUAUAAGCUGUGGCCUUUACAGUCACCAGAUCUCAACCCAGUUGAACAACUGUGGGAGAUUACAGAGGCAAUGUGUUAGACAGCAUCUCCGCCACCAUCAUCAAAACACCAAAUGAGGGAAUAUCGCUUGGAAGAAUGGUGGUAAUCCAUCCAGUAGACUUCAGAGACUUGGAGAAUCAAUGCCAAGGUGAACUGACGCUGUAUUGGUGGCAUGUGGUGGCCCAGCACCUUUUCCUUUCAUUUGCCACCGGUCUUUGUGUUGAGCAACCAAAUGGGAAGUUGUUUAUAAUUUAUUAUAUUGGCAGCUAUUAAUACAAAACAUUGCUCAAUGUAUCUUUUUAUGCAAUAUAAAUAGAUUUUAAUCUAUUUAAAUUUAAAAGAAGGAUUCUAUUCACAGUCCAUCCUUGUUCAUAAUAAUGUUUCAUGAGGUACCAGUGAUGUUCCGCUCCCCAGUAACCAGUACAUGCAUUAGCCAGUGUGUUUUUAUUCAGCAUGGUACUCGACUGCCCUCCAGUGGUUCACAGUGUCCACUGUUCAACAUGUUUCCAUAAAGCAUUUAUUAAAAAUCCUCUGGGAUGAGAGUUUGUGUAAUGAAGCCCAGAAUGCUGACUUAGUGUAGAAUGGAUGUUAUUAGCCAGAAGCUUACUGAAUAUGCAUUUAUGUUUCUGAUGACAAAAUACUUGCAGUAAUUAUCAAAUGAACACUUGAAACACGGAUCCCUUUCUUUUCUGUAUUCUUUAUGUGACUGUUAAUUAUAUCUUCUGGAAUAGGGAUUAAUGUUUUUCAGUAUACUGUGUCAUACUGUACUGAUAGGAAGGAGUUUUUUUAUAUCUUGAUGUAACUAAAGGAGAUGUCAGGUUAGCUCUGAUCACCUGAUUAAGACAACUACCUGCAAUGUAAUCUUAUACAGCUCACUUUCAGGUCUUUUGCCUAUCAAUAGUGUCUGUUCAGAACUAGUGUUACAUGUUUGACCAUUUCAGGGUUUUUUGGUUUUGUUUUUUUUUUUGUGAUUGACAGAGACAGUAGUAAAUAUGCACUUUAUUUUAAAGAAAAUCCUCAUUUACUGUUAUUUCCAAGUUAAUUUGGAGAAAAAGUAAAUAUAUUGUAUACAAAUAUGGAUUCUACAAAUGAACACGAAAGUCCAACCAUAUAUAACAUUCCACAUUUCUCUAGUCACUGAUAAUGUGUUUAUUUGUAUCAUUGGGGCAUUUUUGUUUGUGACAGAUGUGAUUCAGAUGCAGACACCUUAAGUGCAGCAUAAUAAAAGUCUGAGAUUUGUUCCAAACCUCCCAUCUUUCUGACUUUUUUUCCCCUUCUUCUUAGAUAUUGCAGGAUUACUGAGUAGUCUUUCUAUUCAGGGGGAGGCAACAGUGCGGUGGGUAGAGCAGCCGUCUCCUGACUGAAAGGUUGAAGGUUUGAAUCUCGGUGCCU